AAGACAGCAAUCUCAAAGGUACAAUCCAUGAAAUCAGCUCAGAUCCUUAGGUUAAAGGCAGCAUUUUCACUCCUGCCGAGAGAGACUGCCAAGUUAUGACUUCCAUUGAUUCACCCUUGAGAAGUUGGUGGGCUUUUGGUUAGCACUUUGAGAAUUCAGUUUUCUUUUUACAAAACAAAUGAUGUUCCUAACCCUCCUGUUUCAUGAUUUCAGCGUUAAGCCUAAGAAUACCUGUGCUAAAUAAGUGACGGCGAAGAUUUUUGGUCCAAGGAGCUAUGCCAUCCAACUAUUCUGCCCUCUGCCAAACAUCUUCCCAAUAGAAACACAGGUAACCCUGUUGCCCUCUGCACUGCCGGAUCCCACACGUGUAUGAACAGAUCCGGGCAAUGCCGGCAGAAAGAACCCUUCUCAUAAAAGCACGGGGGAAAUUCAAAGAGAGACAAAAGGUCUGGCUGGAUUGGAAAGACUGGGAGCUGGUCCCCCUUUGGAGCAGCUGUGAUGGGGGACACUCAGGGCAUAGAGUUGCGCAUCAAGAGCACGAGGUAUUCGGAGACGCGCAAGCUGGACGCCUGGGCACUGGGACUGCUCUAGGGAGAAGUUCCAGCUGCCCUUGGAUGCUGAGUGGACCAGGAUAACCUAGGACUGGAGACUGCCUUCUGGAAGUCAAGCUAAAGCCAAGGAGGACAAGGCCCUCUCCUGCUUGCUCAAAGCCAAGGGGAAGAGUGGGAGACACCAACCUUCUGAGCAUGAUGUCCUACAUCAAGCAACCACAUUAUGCGGUCAAUGGGUUGACCUUGGCUGGGCCAGGAAUGGAUCUGCUGCACUCAGCAGUUGGAUAUCCCACUACUCCACGGAAACAGAGACGUGAACGCACAACCUUCACGCGAGCCCAGCUGGAUAUUCUGGAGGCCCUCUUCGCCAAGACCCGCUACCCAGACAUUUUCAUGCGCGAAGAAGUGGCACUGAAGAUCAACCUGCCUGAAUCUAGAGUACAGGUGUGGUUCAAGAACCGCCGCGCCAAAUGUCGCCAGCAACAACAGCAAAGCAGCGGGCAGGCCAAGGCGCGUCCGGCAAAGAAGAAGACCUCUCCCGCCCGGGAGACCAGCUCAGAGACCAGCACCAAUGGGCAGUACAGCCCACCGCCCACUGGCACUUCGGUGACGCCUAGCUCAAGUGCCAGUGCCACCGUCUCCAUCUGGAGCCCAGCCUCCAUCUCUCCAAUCCCAGACCCCCUCUCCUCCUCCACCACCCCUUGCAUGCAGCGCUCCACUGCCUACCCCAUGACUUACACCCAGGCCCCUGGCUACACCCAGACCUAUGCUGGCUCUACCUCCUACUUCAGCGGCCUUGACUGCAGCUCCUACCUGUCGCCCAUGCACCCACAGCUGUCUGCGCCUGGAGCUGCCCUGAGCCCUAUUGCCACCCAGACCAUGGGCAGUCACUUGAGCCAGUCCCCGGCUUCUCUCUCCAGUCAGGGCUAUGGUACAGCCGGGCUGGGCUUCAGCUCGGUGGAUUGCUUGGACUACAAGGAUCCGACGGGAUCCUGGAAGAUCAACUUCAAUGCCAGCGACUGCUUGGAUUACAAAGAUCAGAGCUCUUGGAAGUUCCAGGUCUUGUGAAAGGGGGUCUGCAUCAACACUCCUUUUAAAGAAGCUCCUCCUUCCUUUUGCAUUUUAGCAGCUUGGGGCAGCCUCCUCUGUCCACGCUUGCAUGAGAUUCCUCACUUUUCUGCUCCUCUCUUGGCUUUCUGGACAUUUUCCCCCUCUGCCUCCCUAGAGGAGAAAUCUUUCUUUGGUCCUCCCUUGACCAAUGUACACUGACUUUGGCACCGCUUUUGUUUUUCCUGUGCUGUUUCUGGAGGUUUUCAUCCAGAGAAGAUGGAUCCACACAGAAGUUUAGGAACUCGCGAUACAGCCUUAGCGCCAUAUGCUCAGGCCUUGGACAUGUUAUUCCCAUAGUUGCUUUGCCUGGACUCUGGGACUGACCCACUCAUGGCUCCCUCUUGUCAACGGGGAUGGCAUUGAAAAUCAUGGACUUUGAGAGAGCUGAGGCCUGAGAUGGACAUGACUGGCUGCAAGCACUAGAAGGACUGGGAUAUGGAGGCUGGUGUUUUCAUCUGGCAGAUUGGAGAAGGCAUGUUCUACAGCUGGACAAGGAGCAGAGAAAAAUUUGCAAGAGAGCUGGGUCUCAGCAGACGUGUUGCAAUCUCUCUUUCUCUCUGGAACCAUAUUUAACAUAUAAACCUGGGUUAGAAGGAGCAACAGGAGGAAUUGUUUUACCGAGUCGCAGAGCCGUUUCCACAAUCUCCAUCCUCUCCUCCAAAUGUGGACUUGUGGCCACAAGGGGAGUCAAAAUGGAGUCAGAAGGAAAGAGUGUCCCAUGGGCCAUUCAUUGGCUUCUAGGAUGGCUAAGGCAGUGGCUGUCAGCAUCCAAGGUGUCUCUCCUCCAUCAGCAUCAGGCAAGGACAGACCACACUGUUAAGGGCAACUUGAUAGCACAGGGCAGAACAUCCGACUAUUCCUCCCCUAGCAAAAUAGGUGCAAGAGAACUGCUUGAGCAGACAUUAAAAAGUUAAACGUUCUGUGAUGCAAGAAGAUAGUAAGCAGAUCACUAGCUCAGUAUUGUCUCCUCUGACUGGUGUCAGUUCUUAAGUUAAGACAGGAGGUUUUCCAGGUCCUACCUGGAGUUCUCAGAGAUUAAACUUGGGAUGUUCUUCAAACAUAUCCUCCUCCCUUGAGCCCUUUCCCAGCUUGAACAAAGGAAGCUGCCUUAUACCAAGUCAAAUGAUCAGCCCUUUACGAUUUUAGGGUUCUGACUAAAGGCCUGGUUUAAGUAGGAACACAGGAAAGAGUGUCAUACUGACUCCAAAGUUUGCUCCGUCUGGCCCUGUAUCUCAGUCAUUCCCAAACUUUGGUUCUCCGGGUGCUUUGGCCUUCAAUUCCUGGACUGUUAGCCAAGGUGACUGGGGCUUCUGGAAGUGGAAGUCCAAAACAUCUGGGAGACCAAAGUUUGGGAAAUGGUGCAUAUAACUUCUGCUCUGGCAGGGUUGCAGAUAGAAGGAAUUUCCUCAUCUUACCUAUAGAUGUUGGGAAUUGAACCUGGUACCUUCUGCAUAUUCCACCCCUUUCUACUGAGUCCAUUUUGCACAGACUACCUUUGUACUUUGAACUCCUGUCUGCAGCAACUGAAGUUAGCUGAGGACAGAGAGGAAAAGUGGGAGGAGGCGAGAGAAAAUGGCACAGUUUAAAACCAGCUGAAAAGAAUGAGAUGACGGAGAAUUAAUUGGGACUGUCCUUGCCAAAACUUUAGUUUUCUCACUUGUGUACAGAUCCCAAAAACCAGUCAUGGCCAGAGAUGCUGGGGAUUGUUCCAGGUUAGUGGAAAGGCUUUCUUAAAAGUCCAGAAUAUCUAGCAUUCUGUAUGAUUGAACGUUGCUAAUGGUCUGCUGGGUCUCUUCUCAUAGGGCAAAACUUUUUAAAAUUCAGAUCCAUAUAUCUCUAAAAUUGUACUAAAAUGCCAUUUAAAAAUAACUUUAAAAAUAAAUGAAAUGUGUGGCUUUUUAGACCAGAAGAGGCAAUAAUAUCCCCACUAGUUCAUCCUAAUGUUUAGGUGGACUUUCUUUUGCUGUAGCUUGAAUCCAUUGCUCCAGGUCCUAGUGUCUGGAACAGUAGAAAACAAGCU